GAUUCGAACUGCGAAUUGACGAAAAGGCCCUUGUCGAUAUUUCAAGUAGGAGACGAAGAAGAAAGCAGAGAAAGGAAUGUCGCAGAAGAGGGGAGGGGGAUCAUGAUCCUUGCUGUGUUGUUCGCUAAUUCCGUAGGGAACGUUUUGAUCGAAAGGUUCAAUGGAGUGCCAGCUGAGGAACGCCUGACGUGGCGAUCUUUCUUGGUUAAGUUGGGAGCUGAGAAUCUCAAAGGUGUUAAAAACGAGGAGCUCCUCGUCGCUUGCCACAAGUCGGUUUAUAUCGUGUACACAAUGCUAGGGGAUGUUAGCAUCUUCCUCGUUGGCAAAGACGAGUACGAUGAACUUGCUUUGGCAGAAGCCAUCUUUAUCAUUACAGGGGCUGUGAAAGACAUAUGCGGGAAACCUCCAACCGAGCGAGUGUUUUUGGACAAAUAUGGAAGGAUUUGUUUGUGUCUUGAUGAAAUCGUUUGGAACGGACUUCUUGAGAACACCGACAAAGACAGGAUCAAGCGUCUCAUUAGAUUGAAACCUCCUUCUGAGUUUUGAUUUGCUCCAUCCACCCACACGUUCUGAUUUUCUCACUCUCACCAGAAUGUCAUUUGUUGAAUCACUUCUCUCUCGAUCAAAUAUUUUAUUGUUAGUUGUUAGAUACUGCUUUUGUUUGAUCAGACAUGAAGCAAUUAGUGUGAUAACUGUGUGUGAACAUUCCUCCAUAAAGCUGGUUUUGACAA